GGGAGAGAGAGGCGGAGGAGGGGAGGCUCGAGCUGAUGUGACUGACCCCCCUGCUGCUGAUAUUCUGAAGCUCAAACAGCAGGCUGUGCUAUGGUGAGGCGUGUCAGCGAUGACGGAUGUGGAGGCGACCUAUGAGGACUUCAUCGCGUCUCGACGAUCCGGCCGCAGGAAUGCCAUCCACGAAAUCUCAGGAGCCCCGGGAGUGCAGGAACCCGCCGACCUGUCCCAGAGCCUGGCACAGCUCGACAUCAACAAAUCAGGUGGCGAGGCAGACGAUCCCGAGAAAAGCCAAGACUGUCCGGCGAAAGAAGAGGAGGCUCAAGCUGAGGGCAGCUGAGUGGCUCCGCGUGUCGGACAUUUAUGAAGCCGGGGAGCCUCGUCUUUUUCAUCCCUGAAUGAUCACGAUCCUCCACUAUCAGCAUCCUAACAUCAGGAAGUCAUCACCAUGGCAACCAAAGUACCACCCCCUCCUCCUGUACUCCACCCUCCAUUAAAAAAAAAAAGUAUUAUUUCCUUGCUGCCUUCCCUUCUUCACUGUAAGAUAAGAGAAUAGGUUUGGUAAACACAACAUGGAGUAAGCACCUGAGGCCAGCUCCGUUUCUCUGGCGAAUGCUCUGAGUGGGAUGGAGAUAAGGGAAAAGAGGUCAUUUAAGGCUUUUUUAGGCUUAAGUUUCGCCAACAGAAUUAAUUUUUGUCUUCCUUCCUCCCUUUGUCUUGAACUGAACACUCAUGUGGCUGCAGCUCUUCAGUGACACAGAACAUCUGCUUUUUUUCUUUCAUUCACACCUGUUCUCACAACUGUUCUCCAGCCUCUCAGCUGAGUUUUAAUUUAUUUGUUUACUCUAAAUACUCCAUGUUGUUUCUUCUGUUGAAUUUUGGAGGUUGCUCGAUUCACUCUGAACACUGAGAUUGUUUUUGUUUUCUUCGAAGUAUAAUAUCACUAAGGAUAAGAAAAGCAGCAUGCAGUCAUGCAUCUUUAUUAUUGCAUUGAUUAGUCAUGUAGAGACCAAAUCAAGACAGAACUUACAUUUAUUGCGAAGGUUUUGACUGGUGUUGUUUGAUCUGCACUGCCUCACAAUAACAACCUAGAUGUGAGACAAAGAAGGACUUGUGUGGCUUGCUUUGCAAUUUCACUACAUCCAUAAAUUGAGCAAAAUUCUUCUAAACAGUCUUUCAGGUCAUUUCAGGCCUAGCUUGGAAUUAUGCAGUUUAAACCUUACGAGCUGCCUAUGCAGGUUAGAUUUGGAUUUUGCAUUGCUAUUUAGUCAUUUGAAAUGUUCUUCCAAUGGUGGCACAGUGGUGUAGUGGAUCACAUCACAUCGCAGUAGCACCCCCUGGGGUCCUGUUCAUAUCAUUAGGGUUUUGUCAAUGGAUCGAUAAAUGCAUUCAUGAGCUUUAUUUCACAUAUACAGUACACAGAUGUGCUCCAUUGCAGGCAUAAGCCAGAUAUUCAUUCACAAAUUAACUUUUUUUCAAACAUUCUCUUUUAAAAAUGUGUAAUAGUUGAAGUGCUGUCAUGUAUACAGCAGCAUCCCAAUGUGUGUUUAUGUAAUAUAAUGUAGAUAGUGAUGGACACUGACAAAAAAUAAA